UAAUGAGUAUCUUCUGAUGUUAUUGCAAUAAUAUACUUCCUGCUACGUUCCUGACAGCUCGAUAAUUAGUAAAGCCAUUUUCGGUGAUCAUAGCGAACGUUUAGCUUCAGAAUUGAUGACCUGGAGGCAAACUGAAGAGUACAAGAAGUUCUGGAUCGAUAUGAAAAACAAAAAAACUCGACUUGAUGUUCAGGAGGGAUGCGCUCAAUACGUAUCUAAUAGUGCAGAAGACGCGUUAGGAGCACUUACCUCCACGUCAAGAACUGAACCAAGCAGUAGUAAUUCUACUUUUCCAUCCUCACUGUCACUCGUCAAUCCAGUACCAAGCACCAAUACCGACAAUAGAUCGAUACCACUAUCGCCUAUUAAUUCCCCUGUCCUUGCUCCGUGGCUUUUUAAGGGGGUAGAUAUUGCUCUUUCAUUUACAAAAUUCAAGCAGGCCGUGUCACCUUGGCUGUGGUUUCGCUAGAUAGUAGAUAGGGACAGUGGGAAUCUCGUUAAUCCAUUCAUGGGCGUCACUAAUUAGAUGACGAGGUAUUUGGCUACCUUAAGAGAGUCAAAUAUCUAACGAUCAUUUGUUUCUCAUCGAAUCAUCCAUCCAUGAGCUUCUGAGUCUGUCGAAUAUCCUCCUCUUGGCAUCGGAGCAACACA